GCUUGGUUGUUUGCCGAGAAACCGGAGACUGUCGGCCGGGGAGGUGUCGCCGUUGCCCGUAUAAAAGCGCCCUAGCUGAGGACGUCCUUAGUUCGUACACAGGGACCCUCCGGAACACCGCUGCCCAGCGCCGAACCCUCCAUCUGCCGUAAUGCUGUGGUGCGUGCUGGUCCUUUUUCUUUCGUGGUCAGAAGUGCACAAUUUCCAGUUUGAGGAGCUCGCCCAGUACAUCGACAGCCACCAGGAGCAAUAUGUGGAGACCCUAAGGGAGUGGAUCGCUAUCGAGAGCGACUCCAGUGAUGUGCAGAGGAGAGCAGAUGUACAGCGGAUGAUGAGCGUGACUGCAGAGAAGCUGCGGAAGAUGCAGGGGAAUGUGGAGAUGGUGGAUAUCGGUCUCCAACAGCUACCUGAUGGUACAACCAUCCCGCUACCCAAAGUCGUCACUGCGCAGGUCGGCAGUGACCCCAGCAAACUCACGGUCUGUGUGUAUGGUCAUGUGGAUGUUCAGCCAGCCAAGAAGGAAGACGGAUGGGCCACAGAUCCAUACAAUCUCACCGACAUCAAAGGAAACCUCUAUGGGAGAGGAGCUUCAGACAACAAGGCCCCAGUUCUGGCCUGGCUUCAUACCGUGGAGGCCUAUCAAAGUCUCAGCAUUGAUCUACCAGUUAAUGUGAAGUUCAUCAUUGAGGGAAUGGAAGAGACGGGUUCGAAUGGCUUGGACGCCAUGGUGGAAGCCCAUAACGAGACUUUCUUCUCCGACGUGGAUUACAUCAUUAUAUCUGACUGUGGCUGGCUCAGUCGCCGCCCGGCCUUGACUUACGGCACUAGAGGAAACUGCUACUUUUUUGCUGAGGUUGUGGGUCCAAAUAAGGAUUUACACUCUGGUGUGUUUGGAGGGACAGUGAUAGAACCCAUGACUGACCUCAUCGGCAUCCUGGAUCAGACUCUCAAGGAGUUUCUCUGUCUCAUCAUGCAGAGUCCACUUUUGGCUCUUGUGUUCCAGGAGGGUGUGUUGGCUCGUCGUUGGCGCCACCCCACUGUGUCCAUCCAUGGCAUUGAAGGUGCCUUCUCAGCUUCUGGCUCCAAGACCGUCAUCCCUGCAAAGGUCACGGGCAAGUUCUCCAUUCGUCAGGUGCCAAACAUGGACCCCAAGGAGGUGGAGAAGCAGGUGAAAGGCCACCUUGAAGACGUGUUUGCUAAGAGGGGGAGCCCAAAUAAGCUGAAGGUCUCCAUGGUGAUAGGGGCCAAGCCCUGGUUGGCUGACAUCCAGCACCCGUUGUAUGAAGCUGGAAAGGCAGCGGUGCAGAAAGUGUUUAAGGUGGAGCCGGAUAUGAUCCGUGAGGGGGGCACCAUUCCUGUUGCCCGCACCUUCCAGGACGUGACUGGAAAGAGCAUCAUCAUGCUCCCGAUCGGAGGCUUUGACGACGGCCUGCACUCCCAGAACGAGAAGAUAAGCAGGUACAAUUACAUAGAAGGAACCAAGCUGUUCGCCGCCUUCCUGCAUGAAGUUUCUCAGAUAAAGAGGGACUGAGAUAGAGCCGCUCCCUCAGCUCGGGGUCCCGUGGGGCCCCGUGGGGCCCCGUGACGUAUGAGGCCCCCGCAUACAUGCUCCCUCCCCCUGGCUUCAUCUCAGCAUGGCUGCUUCCCGCUAUGCACAUAUUUGCCCUUUGUAGUCAUGCUCACUGUAGGUGCUGCAUCUCUAAACACGUGGAGAUACGGAUGUGUCUCUUGCUGAAGGUUGUGAGAAUGUGGAUUGUCCUUACGGGGAUAAUAAAAUGGCGGUCUGGUCACCCCCAAAGGUCA